UGCGCAUUCAGGGCAGUCUCGCAUAAAGAUGUACGCCUCCUCAGAGAUGUGAGGACCCACUUGAGAGGUUCGAGCUACGUAGAAGUUGUGCUCAGUUUAAUACUUUGACUCGCAGGUGUGGUGCCGAAGAGGGUAUCGGGUUAGGGUUGUGAUAAUUUCUCUACUGAUGCGUACUACUAGUUCCAAUAAAAAAACGAACUUUUUAUUUCCUAUUUGAUCUUUACUUUUAAAUUGUGAUUUUCUUUUGUCACAUGACGCAAAGUGCAACCGCGAGCAAGGGUUUAGCCGUGAGUGUGUGUCUAGUGGAACCGUGCGCGGUGGGUCCUGCCAUAGCGUAGUCAGACUGACAACCACGGAGACAUGAACAGCUCCUUCCUCGAACUAUUCAACAGGAGCCAAGUCGUCGCUGGUACUCUUAUAAACUGCUGCAAUGGGACCGACGUGGCAACCAGUGACGGCGGUUCGCUGGUGCUGCCGCCCGACGAAAGGAAACUCUUCAUCAGUCGCGUGGUACAGAUUGCCGUCCUGUGCGUUCUGUCGCUCACCGUCAUGUUUGGCAUAUUUUUUCUCGGCUGUAACCUCAUGAUCAAAUCUGAGAGUAUGAUAAACUUUCUGGUGAAGGACCGGAGACCUUCCAAAGACGUUGAGGCGGUGAUGAUUGGACUCAAUUAAUCUCCGGCGCAGAGAUGGAGAGGGGUGUAGCUGCGCGCCACGGACCGGUAGCCUCACCACGCACCUGUCCAAGUUGCUCUGUGUCUGGGGUGGUAUGACGAUAUGCAAAGCGUUUGAUUUCUUUAGGAAAAUGUCUGCCAACUAAGAGAACAAUUGGAGUCAAGAGGCCAAUCCCUCACAUCAAAAGUUAACAAAGAACCAAUGCAUCAUGGUUUACGCGUUAUGGCUGUUUAACUGGAUGUUGGUUUGGUUUUUGACAGCCACCUUGUGAUACAAAUGUUUACACGUUGUUACCUCAAAUCAUAAUUGUUUAAGUAACAAAAAAACUCCUCAGCACAGUAUGGCCAUAAGCAUGACAAUUGUACUUUUUUUCCAUUGCAGUUCUGACAGUAUAGGACGUGGGUAUUCUCUGAUAAUGUAUUUUUCUUGGUCCAGUGUUUUAGCAUGUCCGGCCGACACAAACUGAACGUGCUGCAGGAUCUUGCACGUUUAACCCCAUUAGUGCUUUACUGAGUAUUUUACUGUCCAGUUCAGCAUGCGCCCGGCUUGGUCUGUGCUGUACAAGGUGGUAUUUCGACCUACUGUUUUUGCACACAAGCAUCUGAUGCUGCAUGAUUUUUGUACCAAGGUGAAACUUGAAUGACAACUGCAGCAUGCUACG